UGCGCUUUGAACGAUGCAGCUAAAUGUUGUUCAGCCUACCCUUUGAGAUGGAGAAAACCUCAGCAGAAGAUGACUGCGUGGAUUCAGGAGCCGAGACUGGAGGGUCUGAUUACAGUCCGUUGUCCUCAACGAGCAGUGAGUUAUCCAUGGGCGAGUUCCAGGAUCCCUUCCUCGUCAGCAUCCACCUCAUUGCCGACCCUGGUCAGGGCAAGUUCCUGCAGCGCGCUGCUGAUGCUGUGCUGGCGUGGGUUCACCCUGAGCUGCAGCUCUUCCGAGUCUCAGAGCGGGCCUCCGUCUGCCAGCGGCACUGGCCUAAGCACCAUCAAAAUGGCAGCCCGACUGCAGCCUGCCAGCCGGCCCUAGCAGUUAUCCUAUUCUUCCAGGAGGCAUACGGUGGCGAGGAACAGAUACUGAUGCUGCACCGCACUCUGCAGAGGCCACCUUGGCGCUACCACCACACUGAAAAAGUCAGCAAUAGCCGGCGGAUGCUACCGCUGACACCAUGCAGUCAGGACUUUUUCACUCUGUCUCCUGGCACGCCGCUCUGGGCGGUGCGGCAGGUCCAUUAUGGGAAAGAAAUCGUGCGAUUCACUGUUUAUUGCCGGCAUGAAAACUAUGUCUACAUGGUGCGGCUUUACAAGCUGCUGCUUCAGAGGAGGGUAGCACAGAAGAAGGAGGAUUUUUGCUUCUUUGUGGUGUACUCCAACCCAGAAAUGGAGAUCCAGCUGUCUUUUAAGAGGCUCCCACGAGGUCAGAGUCCAGUGGUGCUGGACUCGGCAGUGAUGGAGGUGAGGGUACGAGAUGUCGGGGCACUGGUGCCCCUGCUGCCACACCCCUGCAGCCCUAUCAGUGAGGUCCGCUGGCAGACAGAGGACUACGAUGGAAAUAAGAUCUUGCUGCAGGUCCAAGGUGCGCACUUCAAACACCUACAAGAUCACUGCCACCUAUCAUCCACUGUCACUGAAUCAGCCUCUGCUCCAUCCACCUUCACCCGUAGCGCUGCCUCGCACAGGAAUCGUAGGCACCACCAUCGGGCAUCAUCUCGUCUCAGAGUCCACCAGACUACCCCUCUGGCCUAUGAGGAGCCGGAUGAGCAGGAGCAGUGGGCUGACCAGCACCAUCCGGAUAGCUGGAGGACCCAGUGGAGGGGUCACCAGACUGGCUCCCUCUUCUCUCUACCCAACCUGGGCUCAGCCAGCUCCCGCUCCACCUGCUCCUCUCCUGGGCCUUCUCCCAGCCCCCAUCACAGGAGCCACUCUCUUAACAGGAGCUCCUCCCUCAUCCCGCCCUUCCGGCUCAACGUAGACGCUCUGAUUGGAGCAGAGGAGACGGAUGUGGACACAGGGAACAAAGUAGGUCCAGGCAGCAGUGUGGACCUUAGUGUGGUGUCUGCGUACAUUAAAUCCAGCCUCCCACAACCCUCUCGGCCGUUGUCGGCACCGCCAGAAGACAUCAGAUCCUCCCUCUCUCCUGGCAUCCCAGAGGACCCCUACAGGGCAGCCACAUUGGGCCGGACUCCUAACAGCUUCAUCACCAACAGCAUUCCCUCUAACUUCCAGGGGUCACAGAUCCAAAGAACCAGUGGGAACACAAGUGCUGCUCCAUCCCUGAGCGAUGUUUCCAUGAACCAGUCUGACACUUGCAGCAUUAUUAGUGUCCCAGUUGAAGAGACAGACAAGGUAGAAGAAGAAGACCAAGAAUUCUACAUUUGAUCUAUUGUUAUAAACUGAGGGGAUUCACUCUGGUCAGUAAAGACCACCAAGACAGCUCUACCCUGCCCCCUGGUGUUUGAUAGCAAAACUACAAAUUACAGUGACUUUAAACUUGAGCUCAGCACAAACUGUAUUUGAUGUUCUCCUGUAUUUGUGAAUGUAUUUUUCAUAUAGAUUUAAGCUUUGUAAAUGUCAGGUUAUAUAAGUAAAUGAAAUUACAUGUUUAAAGGACCAAUCACAUAACUGUGUACAGACACUAUUCAAUAAAUGUUUUUCUCCAUCA